AUGUCUUCAGUUGAGUGUUUGAGAGCGUUUGUCACCGAGCGACUGACUGCUGCUGAAGACAUAUUCCGAGUUGUUGGAAAAACUAUCGUCGAGUACGAGGAAGAGAUCGCUCGGCAGCGCAGACUGUUGGAUAUUCAUUGGCUUCACUUUUCAGACCUGGAAGCGCCGUCCGUUAUUUUUUGCAGUCUAUGGUCUCAGGAAAAAGAGAACAAGUGUUCUGGUCUUUUCUCCAGUAACAGUAGUAUCCUAUUUCUUUUGUUGUCUGUCCCUCCAGAGCUCCCACAGCAACAUGUCUGUAAGGAGGAGGAGGUUCUUUCUGACCAGGAGCUCAACACGCCAGUUAUAACCUCUGUGGUAUCAGAAGCAAACGGUGACCACCAGCUCCUCUCUCACAACUCUCCUGAAGCUGAGAGCCAAGAUCAGAAAGGAGGCAAGCAUGGAGACUCCGGAUCAACUAGAAAUGCAGAGCCAGAACGAAAGAAGAGACGACGCAAGAGCAGAAGUCACAGCAACAACGUAGACAACACUAACAUAUUAGAGAUUCACCGUAAUACUCAAACAGGUAAAAAGUCAUCCAUAUGUGACACAUGUGGGAAAGACUUAAAGUAUAAAUCAGCAUUGCAGAGACACCUGAGAGUCCACACAGGUGAGAAGCCUUAUUCUUGUAAAACGUGUGGGAAGGAUUUCCAAAAAAAUAGUGAGUUGUUGGUCCACGUGAGAAGAGCCCACACAGGUGAGAAGCCGUACGUCUGCAAGACCUGCAGGAAAAGAUUCUGUGACGCUUCAGACUUAUUAAAGCAUGUGAGAACUCACACCGGUGAGAAGCCGUACGUUUGCAAGACCUGCAGGAAAAGAUUCUGUGUCGCGUCAGACUUAUUAAAGCAUAUGAGAACUCACACCGGUGAGAAGCCGUAUGUUUGCAAAACAUGUGGAAAAGAGUUUGGGCAAAAUAAUAACUUGUCGGUCCACAUAAGAAGAGCCCACACAGGUGAGAAGCCGUACGUUUGCAAGACCUACAGGAAAGGAUUCUGUGACGGUUCAGACUUAUUGAGGCAUAUGAGAAUCCACAGAGGAUAAAAUCGAUCACUGUUUUUGACAAUAAAGUUCUAGUGGUUCAUAGUCAAAACUGACCAGAACUCUCAGAAGUGAGGAGCAACAUUUUUGCAGCAAUUGUGGGAUAGGUUACCU